AUUGAGUCAGUCUUGAUCACGUGAAGCAAACAAGUCACAUGAGGCGUUGUCCCCGCUGAUUACGACACAGAUAUUGACGAGCUGUGGCUGUUGCUGUUGUUGGCUGUGAAAGUUUGAUAAAACGAAGAUGUCGAUGGUUGGUGGUGCAUCCGCAGUGAAACCUGCAACAAGAGAAGUGCAAGAACUUUGUAAUAAGGUUCGAGAGGCCUUGCAAAAUCAAGCAGGGAGAACAUUUGGAGUGUACACAGCCAUAUCCUUCCGUUCACAAAUGGUAGCAGGAACCAACUACUUUGUAAAGGUCCAGGUGGAUGAAAACGAUGAACACUUUCACCUGAGGAUAUUCGUCCCCCUCCCCAGCACCAACUUCCAACCCUCCUUGGCUGCCUAUCAGCCUGGACACACCGCUGCAUCAGAUCUGGAGUAUUUUGAUGCCAAGUAGUCGCCGUCCAAGUUUACACCAUGUGCUGGACAAGCUCUUGAUAGCUUAUGUUCAUGGGAUCUUUACAUCAUCUCUCAGUAUAACAUAUCAGUAGCUAAAGCUCAAGCUUCAUGUGUUAUCUCCCUUGAAUAGCUUCAGGAAAUGAUCUGUUUGUAAAUCAUUUUGAAAUAAAAACAAAAACGAAACAGUUAUCAUGAUUAAUCUUGUACAUAAAGACAACAUCCAUUUAGUGAAUUUUAUACAAAAUUAAAGGAUAUUUUUUACACUUUUUGUCUCGGUGGUGAGCGUCCCCUGCAGCCUGUAUCAGUUGUAUUGUGUACACUCAAGAAGAACUGCCAUUAACACCAUGGAACAACAUCAUGGUGGUAAGAUGCUUGUAAACACCAAAACACAAGAUUAUGAUGCAUGUAUGCUAAUUUCCUUCCUCAGAUCAGCAUCACAUCCGCCGAAAGGAUAUGUCAAAUUUGUGCUUGUAUUGUUUUGCUUCCCUUUGGGACGCCAGCAUGUCAAAAAAAUGAAGUUGGUUGACUAUUGUCCCUACUACAACAGGUUGUUUUCAGAAAUAGUAUAUUUGCUGCUGUUUAGCGUUUCAUAAUUCUCAUUUUGUAACCUACCAUUUUCUAUUAUACUUGUUUUGUCUAUCGGUAUGUAGGCUGCUGCAGGGAUACCCAUAUCAUGUUAUGUUAUGUCGCUCUAUUGUGACAAUGCUUCCUAGAGAGCUGCCUAUAUGAUCUGCUCAGAGGGGUUACAGGGAUAAAUAUAUACAGCCAGUAUCUUGCUUAUGUGUAUUCCCCGUGCUUGUGGGUGUCACCAGUGGUACCAGAAAACGUCCGAACCUGCAACGCUUUGGCUUUUCCGUCCAUAUUAAGCCGACACGCCAUGAUAUAACUGGAAUACUGUUCAAAGUGUUGUUAAGCCCAACUCGCUCACUCAUAUCUAUACAAUAUAAAAAUGGUUAAAGUUGCUGAAAUUACAAAUUGAUGUGUGCUGUUUGAAAAGCUGAAAACUUUCUUAUAUUUUCAUGUAAAAAUGCUAUAAGGCCGCAUUUGCAGAUUCUGACGUUCUUGAUUGUCCAUGAAAUUCUUGAAUGUUCAUGUAAAAUGUUAGAUUUCUUUGGAAGAGAGGACCAAAAGUUACAGUGCAGGUGAAUUUUGAUAAUUAAUUUUUGUCCAUGACCUCCUGAUCCUUUGCAAACGAACAUUAUUGCAGUUUCUGCACAGUAAGUACCGUAUUCGACGUAAUAAGCGCCCCUCUCAAAUAAGCGCCCACAGCAAUAUUUGCUGAUAUAUUAGCUAGUGAACAAUCCCAAUUAGCACCCCUUCUGAUUGAUCACUGUACACAAGACUUAUUAAUUCGCGUAUAAUACACACUCGUGUGUUAUAUGCACCCUUAAUUAUGGGCAAUUAAAUUCUGGAAAAAUAUAUCUGUCGUACAUAAACAUUUUAGGCUGUCGCCAUAAACCACGAAAUUCAUCUUUCAACUCUGUUUUUUCACCAAAAUAAUAUUCUAAUAAGAGCCCCUUAUGUCUAAUUUUGAGAGCGCCCUUGGCGCUUAUUACGCCAAAUACGGUACAUAUUUAAUAUGAAAGUUACUGAUGCAGAGGAAUCUGCUCUUUGGAGUAUGUUUGUAGUCAGUUCCAGCUGACAGACUUAUCUUAGCUGCCGUCUCCGGUUGUUUCAUCUCACUGCCACUGAACCCUUCAUUUCACGUGUUGGGAUCUGUGGACUUAAUUAAUCAGCAGUUCUGCAUGAAAAUGCAAGACAGGAAUUGUGAAACGACAAGAUUAUAUUUAAAGACACUUUUACACAACACCUUUUAUCAGUGUCUAUUUGUUGAGCCAUAGAUGAAAUUAAGGUAACAGUUGUGAUGUUGACUUUUUUAUCUGCUGUUGAAAUUUUCACAUAAACAACAAUAAACCAUUCUUUUUACAAA